GUUUGUGCGCGCGCUCGGCAGAUAAGAUUUUCCCUUUAAAUGUAGCCACACGGCGCAACCAUGGCCAAAGUGUUUAAUGCAGCUCGUGGAAAUGAUGACUGGUCUGGUGGUGAUAUUACUUGCGUGCUUCGCGGCCUUGGCACAUGGCAAGGCCGGAUAUGGACCGGGGGAGCAGGAUUGGGGCUUCGUUGAUGUACGUCCAGGCGCCCACAUGUUCUAUUGGCUCUACUACACCACGGCCAAUGUGACCAGCUACACGGAGCGUCCGUUGGCCAUUUGGCUGCAAGGUGGACCGGGCGCCUCGUCCACGGGCUACGGCAACUUCGAGGAGCUGGGACCCGUCGAUUUGUAUGGCGACUACCGCAACUGGACGUGGGUCAAGGACAUGAAUGUCAUGUUCAUCGACAAUCCCGUGGGCAGUGGCUACAGCUAUGUGGAUGGCACGGCCUAUCACACGGCCACCAACAAGGAGAUCGCCCUGGAUCUGGUGGAGCUGAUGAAGGAAUUCUAUAAGCUGCAUCCGGAAUUCGAGGCUGUGCCGCUGCACAUCUUCUGCGAGAGCUAUGGGGGGAAGAUGGCACCCGAAUUCGCCCUGGAGCUCUACUAUGCCAAGGAGCGUGGCGAGCUGAAGAGUAAUUUGACGUCCGUUGCCUUAGGUGAUCCGUGGACAUCUCCCAUUGAUUCGGUUCUCGCUUGGGGACCGCUGCUCAGGGAGCUGGGAAUCGUGGAUCACGACGGCUACGCGGCAAUUGCGGCAGCUGCAAACUUUACUGCCGAACUGGUGGCGGAGGAGCGCUGGAUUCAGGCCACAGCUCAGUGGGGCAACACCCAGUGGGAGGUGAUGAAGGCCUCAAAGGGCGUUGACUUUUACAAUGUGCUGAAGCAGACACUCGGCGAUCGAUUCCAGCGACAGUUGGCCAUGUCCCCCGAAGAGCGCCAGUAUCGCACCAUGGUAAAGUUUGACAUUGACGAAGAUCGCGACCAGCUGCUGGAGGAACUGAUGCGCGGACCUGUAGCCGAAACCCUGGGCAUACCCUCCAACGUCAAGUGGGGCUCGCAGAGCAGCAGCACCUUUGACAUACACCGCACGGACUUCAUGAAGCCAGUGAUACAUAUUGUCAAUGAGCUACUGGAGAAGACUCCGCUCAAAGUGGGCGUCUUUUCGGGUGGUCUAGAUCUAAUCUGCGCCACUCCCGGCACCGUCAACUGGAUAGCCAAGCUGGACUGGAGCCGCAGAAGCGAGUAUCUGGCUGCUCCACGCACUGCCAUCACCGUGGAUCGCAUACUGGAGGGUUACCAGAAGACUGGCGGCAACUUUACCAUGUUCUGGAUCAAUCGUUCGGGUCACAUGGCACCCGCUGAUAAUCCCGCCGCCAUGAGCCAUGUCCUGCGCGAGUUCACGAGCUUCGGCUAGGGGAGAGACACAUCGUAAAUAAAGUGAAAUAAAGCAGAGGAAAAACCCAA